CGUAUCUGUCAGAUCCUCCGGCUGCAGCCAACACGUCUCCUCCUCAGCUGCGUGUGCGUGACAACAACACUCCCGUCCGCGCCUCGCCUCCGCGCACAUGCACUUGUGCGUCCUGGAGAACCCUCGGACAGGAUGAAUGGAUACGGCUCUCCGUACCUGUACAUGGGGGCUCCGGUGUCCCAGCCCCGGGCUCCGCUCCAGAGGACCCCCAAGUGCGCGCGGUGCCGGAACCACGGCGUCCUGUCCUGGCUCAAAGGUCACAAGCGCUACUGCCGCUUCAAGGACUGCACCUGCGAGAAGUGCAUCCUCAUCAUCGAGCGCCAGCGCGUCAUGGCGGCGCAGGUGGCGCUCCGCAGGCAGCAGGCCAACGAGAGUCUGGAGAGCCUCAUCCCGGAGUCCCUCAGGGUGCUGCCCGGCAUCGGCCUCUCUGGGGCCGGCGAGGGGAACCAGGGGACCCCGCCGAGUUCAGAGGAGCUGGAGCUGAGGUGGAGCAGCUCGGAGCCGGUGCAGGCCGCAGCGCAGACAGAGGCGGAGGACGGAGCUGAUGACGCGUCAGGAGGAGAGAACUCCUCCAGUGAGAAGGAGCAGGAGCCGCUCAGCUCCCCGGAGGCCUCCAAACCAAACUCCUGCUACACCCCGGAGCCUCCGGAGACCCCCACCCAGCCGGAGGAGAGCCGCUACAGCCUCCCCAAGGCCGGCACAGAGAAGGAGGCCAAGACCGAGAGUCCUCCCCACAAGUACCCGGUGAGCCCCGUGGAGCAGAGCGUCCUGAUCGAGGGCCUCGCCGGCUCCAUCAACCUGCCCUUCAGCCUCCGAGCCAACCGGCCCCCGCUGGAGGUCCUCAAGAAGAUCUUCCCCGCUCACAAGCCCCCGGUCCUGGAGCUCAUCCUCCGGGGCUGCGGGGGGGACCUGGUGGGGGCCAUCGAGGUGCUGCUGUCCAGCCGGAGUCCGGACGCACACACGCACACUGACGCGCACCCGGACGCCCUGGUGCUGCCCUCAAACGGACACCUGUUCGAGCACACGCUGGGCUCGUACCACCCGGUGUCCUCCUCCGCCAAGUGGUCGGUGGGCUCCGCGUUCCGGGUGCCCGAGUCCCUGCGGUUCACGUCCGACUCCGCCUCGGGUGUGGUGCCCGCGGGCCCGCUGGGCGUGCCCCUGCAGCACCCGUCUUUCCCGCAGCCCACGCGUUACCCGCUCAUGCUGCGCAACUCUCUGACGCGCAGCCAGGCGGGUCCGUUCGUGCACAACGACGUGACCCUGUGGAAUACCAUGGCCCUGCAGCAGCAGUACCAGCUCCGCUCGGCCGCGCAGUACGUGUCCCCCUUCUCCCCCGCAGCGCCCUCCGGACCCGGUGGCCCCGUGUUCCGCAGCUCCCCUAUCCUCCCCUCCAGGGCCCCCGAGGAGCCGCGCAUCAGCAUCCAGGAGGAGAGCUGCACGCUGGGGCCCAAACCAGGCCUCUACUCCCCCGAGGAGGAGUACGAGGAGCGGUCAGACUCCGCAGACUCCCGCAUCCUCAGCUCAUCCACCUGAAGGAGACUCUGAGGAUGGACUGAUGCA